GCACAUGAAAAAUGGUAAGCUACUGUUCCACAUUGUUUUUUCAUGAAGUCACUUUAAAACUCCCACAUAAUUUCGUGGCUGUCAGACAGCAAACCAGGCGAGGGGAAAAACACAACUAUGAAUUGGAUGCUGUGGCAACAAUGCAUUGUCUCCAUAAACCUCUGCCCUAUUUAAUCUUUGGUGUUCUCUUUGGAUAUGUUAUCCCACUCUCUUCCCUUCUCCAAGUUUCUCCAGUGACCUGUGGGGGCAAGAACAUCUCUUCAUGUUGUGGACACUGUGUCACAUCCCAAGAGGGAGUCAGUGAAUUAGAUUGCUUUGGUAAACAUCUGCGCUUAAGUAGGAUCAGCUGGAAAUGUGUGUGGACACCUAUAAAACACCAAACACAAAGAUACACACUCUGUAUAGAACAGAAAACACAUAUCGAAAUGCAUGCAAACAUAUCGGAGACGUCUCAGACUAUUCGUCUGUCCAAAAAGCUUAACAUGACAGCUCAUGUAUUUGACAAGAGUGAUUUGAAGAGCUGCACAAAGACUGUUUUCAGAGGUUCACCUAAACAAUUGGUUCGAUGCGGCCCCCCAUCUAAUGUACACUUCAAUCGACAUUCAAGACAGCUGGAUAUCCAGGCCUCCUGGAGGAAGGAGGAGACCAAAUAUAUCCCUCUUUACUCUGUGAGAUACAAGGAGCUGAACAGCCCGCAAUGGAAAGAGCCACCAGUGCAAUCCAAGGAUAGAAAUAGGUGCACUGUGGGUAAUCUUAACUCCUCACUGUCCUAUGAGGUGCAGAUAGAGUGUGUGGCCAACAACAAAUGUACCCAGUGCCCCUGGAGCGAGGUUUUCACAGUCCCACCCGAACUUACUGACACGCCUCUCAUUGAGAUGGUAAAAGCUGGUCGUCCACAAACCAAAGGGAGGAGAUUAGUGAUCAUAAAAUGGAAGUUUGCAGCCAGUGAGUUAGCGGAGGGCUACAGUGUUUCCGUGGGGAAAGCCUCAGGAGAGGACCCUAUUGAGACCUUCAACACCAGCAGGCACCUACUCAUAGUGACCCUGUCUCACUCAGCCUACCACCUCAAAAUCACAGCUCUCAACGGGGCUGGGACCUCACCUGCAGCACAGAGCACUAUAUGGCCACUGGACGACAAAGACAUAUAUGGGAAGCUGAAUCUGACAUUCAAUGGCAACACGUCCUUUACUAUCUCCUGGGUGGAUGACCUGAUCAAAACCUACUCCUGCUUCUCAGUGGAGUGGUGGACGAGAGGAAUCAAAGCUGCUCACAAGUCCUUCUAUGAGGAUGAGAACAAUUAUGAAGUCAUACCAUUGCGCGAGCCAUUAGAGCUGUAUAAGAGGUAUACCUUCACUCUGCACACGAGGCCAGACAAAGAGACCUGCAACCUGAAGUUCAUCAACAACAGCGAGAGCACCUACGGGAGCAUCCAGUCCUACUUCACUGAAGGAUCCCCAAUUAGUGCCCCAGGGAACAUCAGCAGCAGUAAUGUUACCCAGAGCUCCGUGGUGCUGGAGUGGACAUCAGUCCCUGAGAAGGACACCAGAGGUUUCCUGCUGGGCUACAUCCUCCACUACACAAAGAGCCCGGAUGAAAGGAUAGACGUUGAAAAAAACAUCACUGUGGAUGCUGGUUCAACCAGCUACGAGUUGGUGGACCUACAAAGCAAUACUGUGUACCAAGUCCAGCUGUCUGCCUUCACUGCUGCAGGAAUGGGAGUGAGAAGCUUAGCUGUAUACUUCGAAACCAAGUCAACAGUGUCCCUGUCUAUUGGUGGUAUGAUAGCAGGGGUCGUUAUUGGAGCAACUUUACUCUUACUUGUGGUUAAUCUCGGCUCUUUGUUGUUAAAAAGAGCAAAGAGACUACUUUGGCCAAGUAUCCCUAAUCCUGGUAACAGCAAUGCCAUCCAGAAAAUAGAUGGGGUCUGCGAGCUGGAACUCCUGGAGCCCAUCAACAGACAGAAGUUAGAGGAAGAGGAGAGGGACGCCAACAGUCUGCACAUUGUUGACAGUAGAGAAGAAACGUCUCCCGUUAGCAACCUCCAUAGCAACACCGACUCAUGUCUACACCUCAACACAGAACACGAGGAGAAUCAAGGGCCUUCAAAGACAACUGCAGACUCUACAGAGACCACUAAAGUAGACCCUCAAAUCAACGUGGGCUUGUGCCGAAGAAACACAGCCACAGACAGUAGCGCUCAAGAUCCCACUUCUGACACCAUUAAACCUACCAUAGACACAAGACAGACAGACCCUGUCCCCAUUAGUGCGGUGGCCCACCAGUGCCCGCAGUUGUCCUUUAUGAGUGAUUACACGACCAUGGAACUCUUCCAACAGGCUAUGACACAAUGUGUUCCAGCCACUAUAACAUUGGAACCCCAUGGCCAGUCAGAGUACACAGACUCACCCCUGACCAGACCAGAGUCAGAUUACAUACACCAGUCCCUCUAUGAUACUGUCCUUCACCUGUCCCAAGGCAGCACAAGUCCAACUGAGGUGUAUUACACAGUUCUUUGAGAAUGUUUACAGUAGAUUCUAGAAUCUGCCUUUCUCACAGAUGCUGUGGAACAAUUCUCAGGCCUUUCAUCUAUGUAAAAAAGCCAGCUGCUGCCAUCAGUGUCACCCUGUUGACUAGCCUACUUAUAGUUCUGGACAUUAUUGGAUCGUCAGAACUCUGGAAUGAGAAACCUUUCAAUGACAUACAGGAACUUAAAAAGCUGUUAUCCUAUCAAUACGUGUAUUGAGGGAUUGUUUGAGGAGCAGAAAUUUCCCAAUCCUUUUUUUGUGGUUUUUAAUAAAAUCAUGAAUCAGA